GCCAAAUGCGUCAAGCAGACAAUUCAAAUAGCACUAAAACGUCCAAGCCCGCGCCCCAAACCGUUGUCUUUCAUUCCUCUACGCAGCCAUCUCGAGCGGCAUCAAUAGCUAUCCCAACAACCCAGUCUAGCGCCUCCGGCAAGCCUCGGCUCAUCCGUCAUCGAGCUAUCUUGAAGCUCCCGCAUCAUCGCCCCGCCUCUUCUCUCCUUCCCUUCCACCAUGACCCCGUCGCCAAUCCAGCCUGUCGCGGCUGAACCCGUCGCAGAGCAAAAUGGGCUGAUACACGGUGUCUCGGCCGCGGAAUUGCAGGUUCUGUGUGAGAAAUGCAUUGAGGCGAAGGUGGUGGCUUAUUGCCCAUACUCCCUCUUCCGCGUGGGCGCAUCGCUCCUCCUGCACACCUCUUCCACCUCCAGCUCCUCCCCGCCCAUCAUAACCGGCGCGAACGUCGAAAACGCUUCCUAUCCCGUCGGUACGUGCGCCGAGCGCGUCGCAAUGGGCACCGCCAUCGUGUCCGGCCACAAGCUGGGAAGCUUCAAAGCAAUCGGCGUAUCAACAGACAUGGACGACUUCUGCUCUCCGUGCGGCAUGUGUCGCCAAUUUCUGAGGGAGUUCCUGGAACUCCAUGUGCCCAUUUUCAUGUUUAAUCGGGAGGGCAAGUUUAUUGUGAGGACAAUGGAGGAGCUGUUGCCGCUCAGUUUUGGGCCGAACAAACUGCCGCCAAGGGAGGAGUUGAAGAAGGUGCAGGAGGAGGAGAAGGCGAAGAUUGCGUGAGGGGGGAGAAUCUAGCAGUGCGGUGUCCGACUGCAGGUCCAGGCCAUUGGGAUGAUGUGACACGUCUCGUACUGUGUGGACGCGGAUACCCGCAUUCGGUGCUCAAGAGGGACGAGCCGAGGAGGGGGUAGACGAAGGCUUCAUAGCCUCCUAGAGAGCCGAACAAGCUCAUAGACUCGAAAAGAUGUAUUUCAAUUCCUCCUUUCCCUGGUAUCCAGCGUCCACUGGCGCGAAAAGGAGAGCUCGCGGAUCGCGCCGCGGAG